UUCGCUGAGUGACGUCUCUCACCGACCGGUGAAAUACACCGACAAAUCGACCGGACUGACCGCUUAUCUGUCUUUGCUGGAACUCACGGCAUCACGGACUGUCCCUCUCCUCUCCCCGGCCUGAAGGGCCGAGCCGCUGACACGGAGCGGUAGCGCUUCUCCGCAGGAUGAUGGAUGUAUCUCCGGUACUGACCGACGGACUCGCAUCCCGGUGGACUCGGAGGACGGUCAGCGCACACUUUUGACCAGCUCAAAGAAGACUGACGCACCGGCUGUUUGCUCCUUCAGUUUUAAUCCUUUCCCCCGGAAUGUCAUCAUCAAGGAGCGAGUAAAGCAUCUGCUCUCGCCGGGUGCCGCUGGACGUCCUUCUCCUCAAGGGUUUCUGGCGCUUUUAGCAAACGUUAGCACCGGUAUGAGCAGGACCGCAGCUGCCCGUCAUAUCUAACCGGGGUCGGAGGGUGCUAGCAGGGGAAUAUUUGGAUCUGUGGAUGAGAGCCGGUCACCGGGUGGGAUUGUGUACAGAGCGGAGGAGGAGGACGGAGGAAGAGCAGCGGCAGCAGCGGAGAACAUCCAUCCUCAUCCCCGGAGGGGGGCAGAAGCAGCGACGAGGCCACAGGACGAUGUGAAGAUGGGGGUAGUUUUCGGUCUCCUGUGGCUGUUUACCGGCUUCCUGCAGGGCGUGCACGGCCAGGGCGUGUACGCGCCCCCUACAGUGCGGAUCGUGCACUCUGGUCAGGCCUGUAAUGUGGAGGAGGAGCGCUACAGUGAGAGGGUGUACACGAUCAAAGAGGGAGAGACUCUGGAGCUGCAGUGUUUGGUGACUGGACACCCCCGCCCACAGAUCCGCUGGACUAAAACUGCUGGUGGAGCGUCAGACCGCGAAUCCUCGCUGCACAACGAAACUCUGAGGAUCCAAAACAUCAACCGCCACCAGGGGGGGCGUUACUACUGCAAGGCUGAGAAUGGAUUGGGAUCCCCCGCCAUCCGCUCCAUACGAGUAGACGUCUACUGUAAGAACCCUGAUUCACACCAGCCUGACAUUCUGGAGCAGACACACGUUUAG